GCUGAACACACGCCAUUGUUUAUCCCGCGGUUUCGCUUCUCAAAGAUGGCAACAGGCUUUUCAAGAAUUAUUAAACAGCUUGGAUAUGAAAGAAUCUUCCCGGCGCCGAACUGUGGACGAGUUAUCAUUCCUGGCCUGCCCUACACAGCCUUUGACGCGCACUCGUGCCCGCAGCCGUGGAGCGUGGUGAACGCGAUGGACUCCACACAAUCGUGUCUCCUACACCCAGCUGACGGCAGGGACUCCAUGCUCGGACUGUAUAAACUCUACCAGAAAUAUCAUUCAUUUAUCGUCACUUCAAAGGCGGAGUUUCACGAAAAACUGUAUGAUGAGGGUGUCGUGAAGGCCCCUCUGUGUCUAGACAGCAACAUCAACAACGUCGAGAGGAGCACGUUCGUCAUAGAGACAGCAAUGAAGGCGGGAGGCAUUCCAUUGGCACGAGUUAGAAGUCAGAUAAUACUACUAGAUACCACGUUUCGAAAGCCGAUUGAGAUUCCCCAGGAGUGGAAGAAUACAUACGGGCACCUGUGUGGAACAGGCGAGCCAAUGAGAUUCCACGCUCUAGAGAGGCCGUCUGACCAAUCACGUGUAAGCAAGGUGUUAGUAGGGGAAGUCCCUUUCAGUGAUACGGACGCUAACUUCCAUCUGAAUUUUACAAACUAUUUGAAAUAUUGUUGUGAUGGUUUAGUUAAAAGGGAGAAAAGUCAAACCAACGCGGGUUCUGCUCUGCGACCGUUAAACCUCAAAUCUGCUUUCAUGUGGUACAGAAAAGAAUGUAACUGUGGGGAUGACCUUGAACUUGAGUUGUGGGAAGACGAAAAGGAACCAGACCGUUUUUGUGUAGAUAUGUUGAGAAAUGGGGAAAGUGUGUAUCAGUGCUCACUGGAGCUGUACAAGACUAAGCGGGUAAGCAGCUCACUGUGAUGAACCAGAUUUGGUUAAGUUUGAUCAAAUGUAAUCAGUGUUAAUAACUGUCAUAUGAAUCGGUUUUGUAAUUUAUCAAUUAAGUAAAAAAUACAUUUGUGAAAACGGA